GGAGAGACAGAUCUGAUGAGCUGAGCUCGGAAGUGUGUUUGGUGUCGGGGGCUGUGAAGCUGACUGAGGAGACUAAGGGAGGAGUCUGGCAGUGGGAACCAGCAAAGAGCUCACUCGUGCAUGAGGAAGACUGAACAGCAGAAUCCGUGUAUGACCUGAUGGGCAUUUGGGAAGCUGGAGAACAGGAUUUGCUGGGCAAGCUCACUGAGAACGAUACGAGGAUGGCUUUUGGAGGUUGCUCUUAGGUGAUUUUCGUCAUUGGAGACUGUGCAUUACACAGAACUCCGUAUUGGGGUCUCCUGUCAGAAAACAUCUUCAGAAGAAACCUUUGGACUUCACCUCCAGAAAGGCAGAUUUCUACUUUAGAGAUCACUUCAUCCUCCUUCCUGUGAAAAUAAUAUGAAUCAGAAGGUGUUAGUUUUCCUUCUCCCAAAUUUUAUUUUUGGGAUAUUUCUUUUUGGGUUUUUCUAUAAGAGACAAAAGAACCUAACAGGUUCUUUUCCUGAUCCCACUGAAGAUUGGCUGGCAAUUCAAAAUGAUCGCAAAAGCACACUGGCUUCUGUCUGCCUGAAGAACAACAUUCUUAAAUUAGGAAGCAAAUUGGAUUCUCAUGUUGCAAACCAACUCUUUGUGGAGCACAAACAUAAAUUUAUCUACUGUGAGGUGCCCAAGGUAGGCUGCUCCAACUGGAAGAGAACUAUUUUUCUUCUCCAAGCAGGCUUGAAUGCAGAAGCUUCUGAAAUUGAGCAUGACCACAUCCACCAAACCUCAGUGAUCAAAAAGCUGGUGACUUACCCUCCUGGCAUACAACAGGAAUUUCUGAACAAUUACACCAAAGUGAUGUUCACCAGACAUCCCUUGGAACGACUGGUUUCAGCUUACAGAGACAAACUUCUGCACUCUGAGCCAUUCUACAGUAUCACUGUUGCUAAUGAGAUUAGGGCAAUGUUCAGGAAAAACAAAAAUUCUUCUGAAAAAGUGAGUUUCCAAGAGUUUGUCAAUUUCAUUAUAGCAAAACCACCAAAUACUCUUGACAUUCACUGGAAACCAAUGUUUCUGCUCUGUGAUCCUUGCAACAUUCACUAUGAUAUUCUGGGUAAGUAUGAAACUCUUGGUUUAGAUUCUGAGCAUGUUCUGAAGGUCAUUGGAGCGCCAGGGAGCCUGCACUACCCCAGCUUGAAGAGGUAUGGCUCAGAGAAACGAACUAAUGGUGAUAUCACCUUGGAGUAUCUCAGACAAUUGAACUCAGAACAAAUUGAGAAGAUAAAUAAAUUGUAUGAAAUGGAUUUUGUCUUGUUCAACUACACUACGAAAUAUGAGGAUUAUUUUUCCCUGAAUGACUAAUGUAGGUUGAACAAAGAACAGCUUCCUUUGUCCUCACAGGUGCUUGGUAGGUGGGUUGGUGACUGCUGCUGAGAUUUUACUGAUGUUUGGAGACAUUAUCAUCCUAAGCACUCUUAUAACAAAUCCAUGCCAUGAUCUGUUGUACUGUACAGUUCUUUACCUAUACGAAAUUAUUUUCUUCACGUUGAUCAUUAAUGGCAUAUGUUUGUUUCAUGAAGAUUGUUUAUAAAUGAUAGAUUUUGGUCUGUUGGUAAGAGUUAGGGGAAGGAUGAAGAGUCUUGUUUUUCACAGUGAAUAUCUUAAAACACAAUUUAAAAUGUAAAUUAUUUAAAAUUUUUAUUAGAAAAAGACAUAUGAAGCAAUAAAUCAUCUGCUUUAGAGUCAAACCACUCUGUCUGCAAGAGCCUCAGUCAUGAAUCCUGUAGGAAACGAACAAGUAACUUGAGACGCUUGAAGCUGCAUUACACAGAAAUUAAUGCCUCAUUAUAUUCCCCUCUACCAAUGCUCUCACCACAGCCUACCAGCCUCAUCCCUCAAGCAGUAUAGUUGGCAGCAAUCCAGCCAGGGUUUCCCUUGAUAUCUCUUCAAAAUCUUCUGAUGAGCAGGUCUGGAGUUCAUGGUGACUUUGCAAACUCUUUUCACCACCUUUCUUAGCAUUAUGGUCUGAUUUAAGAGGGGAGGUCUGAAAAAUGUAUCUUUUUUUACAUAAGUAGUUAGAGGUACCUUCUAAACUUGGGUGGUGCAGGAUCUAAAAUCUCAGUGGAAAAGUGACUCUUAUCUAUUCUCCAAAAGCACUUACCACCCAGUCAGCUGACUGGCCAGUCAGCACAGGGGGGACGAUGUUUGGGCUUUCUCCAUUUGUGCUUGCCUGGAGCCCAUGAGCCCUUGGGACUUACCUGAGCAUGGCACUUGGGUGGAGGCAGUAACCUCAGAUAAUGCAUUUGUUCUACAUGUUGCUUUCUUGCUUCACAGGAGAUUGAGUGCAAAUAAAUUGUAGAAUUAUGGUGAGGGGAGCAAUGAAGCAUGUGGGACAAGCAAUUCAAACAAUUAUCAACUUCUUAUAUUAUAUUUGUAGGUGGCUUUGGUUUUAGAUCAUUGAGGGGUCUAUAACUGCUACUAUAUUAAGUACAAGGCUUGCCGCAUUUUUUUGAAAGUCUAUUGCCUGAUAACAUUGAAAAAUAAUUUGUGACCAUAUUAAUUGUGGCAAGUUUUAGCAACUAAUCAUGAGCAUUAGCACCAUCUUUAGGGGAUGUCAGUCUCUUAGGGGCUAACUUGAAAAUCUCUCAAAUGCACUUAGUUCCUAUCAGCUAUAUCUGCAAAUGCACAAAGGCUGGCAGGCUAGUCUUGGAUCCAAAGUUGGCUCACAGCUUCUCAUUGCAUAGAAAAGGACUGGGACAAAAUAACUUUAUCAUACUGCAGCCACCAAACUGUACAGCCAUUGCUGCCAGCAGCGUGGCCAAGGGAGAGGGAAAAGGGGACUGGGAAAAAUGGGUGCAAUGGGAUUUGAGCCAAGAAGGUUGUGAAGAGAGCUCCUAGUGUAGGGAGUGGGAUGCAGGGUUGUUCUACUCCAGAGGGAAGAUGAAGCGAUGUAUUGGACAUCAGCUGGAGACACUGAUGAGACCCAUGGUGACAGGAGGAGACAAAGGAAGAAGCUCUGUGCAUCCCUCCUUGACAGCAGAUGGUAGACAAAGCCAGGACUACCAUUCAGUCCAUCUGGCAGCUCUUACAUGGCCGACUAGUCCAUAAAUGGGGCAGCUUUGGCACAGGGAGAGAUCCAAAGUGAGAACACGAAGCCAGAACAGCAAAACAUUUUUAUUUAAAAAAUAGCUUGUGAUUUUAUGUGGAGUGAUUCAUGGUUCUGGAUCUUACCCUCACCACCACCAUAUUUGGUGUCCCCACAGUCCUACUAUCCCCCAACACUGGAUUGCUCAUGCUGCCCUGGUAACCCUGUAGUUCAUGUGGAUUUUCUUUUUUUUACUUUUUUAUUGUUCUGAGGCAGAAGAAGCUGGAAAUUACUCCCAUUCAAAGUUAAGGCUAUGCAGAGGGAUCAGGUCUCUCUCUCUCUCUCUCUCUUUCCUGAAUCAGAGCCAUCUCCAGAUACUUGAUUCUCUGACAUUCUUUGCCAGAUCAUGCAGAGGAAGAGGGAAUAAGAUUUGCUUUAUAACUUGCUUCUACAUGAUAUAGCUCUGGAGGGAUCUAAGCUUCAGCAAAUAUACUUUAAUUUUCUUGCACCAUCAGGCAGCCUAGGAAAACUCCGAAGAAAUGCUACUGACAGAGUUUGAUAGGUGUCUUUGCUAUCAGCACUCUAGUGUUAACACUCCCCUUCAGUUCCUUGCUGUUAGAUAUGAGUGGCUUUCUAUUCUUAUUUCCUCUUUCACACAAGAUCACGUAUUCUUCCUACAGUGGUGACAGAAAAUGGAUGGCUACUUCAUUCAUCACAAGCACUAGUCAGUAAUGGAUGGCUAUCUAUUAAUGCAGAAAAAUAUCUCUAAUUGUUCACGAUGGACUCUCAGAUUUGACAUUUGCCUAUUGGAAACUGUAAGUAGCACAUUGCCCAGUACCACUGGCUGCUGUAAUGCUGCUUAGCUGGUGUGGAUCUCAACAACAAAAACUGCAGAGGACAUGUGCAUGCAUGUGUGCUCAUAUAACAACAGUUUAGGAAGCAGUGUCACACAAGAACAGUGUAAGUCGUGCACUAACAAAAUGGGAAUAACGGGUUGAUGUCUGUUGGAAAAUAGAAAAAAAAAAAAAGACAUUACCUUAUAAAGGAUUUUCUAAGAUUCCCCUGCAGGCAUCUUCUAAUGCUCAACCCAAUUUACUGCAUUUACAUUUCUGUGAGCUAACACUCCCCCAAACCAAGAGCUGCUGUGCAGUGGUAGAGGAGCGCAUGUGAGUUCUGCAAUGUGUUUCAGCAUUAAUGAAAACAAUGGUGCCUUGCUGUGUGUUGUAAAAAGCUUUCACAGCUUGCAGAGAUGGGUAUGGAACUUUGGGCUGAGCUCAAAAAAUGAGUCUGCAGGGGAAAAUUGCAAGAUCUUUAGUAAUUGCAUUGAGGUGGCUGUGUUUUUUAGCGAUAGCUGUCAAGUGGCAAUGCUUGUGGAAAACUCUGGUCUAUAAUCUUUCCUAGCAUAUGAGCGACUGCCCAUUGCCCAGAACAGUGAGAGUUGUGCCACCUUGUUUAUUCCCCAAGUAAACCCCAAAGCUCAUUACACUGGACGGCAUUGUAAGUUUGCCAACAGAAGAGCUUACUGUUAUUUCAUUCUUAAUAUUGUAACAUAAUAAAAGUUGAUGAAGGCUCUAGACUUUGUCCUAGUCAGCCCAUAAGAACUGCAAGACACCUGUAGACUAAGUGACAUUUCCUGUUCUGUCUUCCCUACAAGUGUACUGUCCAGAAGAAAGGCUCUAAGCUGAGCCGGCCUCCCUCCGGCCUUUGCUCCACCCCCACUGGAGCUUCUUUCCUUCGGGUGCUAACUCUGGGUGAUGUUUUCCUGGGAGGAAAGUGGGUGCUUGCCGUUGGGAGCAGGGGUGGAGGUGGUGUGGUGUGGCUCGGGGCUCAGGCCCUGGCGUGGAUUAAAAGGGGUAGGGCUUGCCAUAAUUAAUCUGAUUUAUUGUUAUAUGCCUGUGAUAUUACCAUUGCUAAGUUUAAUUUCUAAUUAUUGUAAUAAACUUUAGUGAGUUAACACAUAGAUCUAUUUGCUCAUCCUUCUGAAUAACGUCUAUUUAAAAAAAAAAAAGACUCAGAGCUGUUCCAUCAAAACAUAACAUAGGCCAGACGCUAUUUGGCUCUGCUUUGGUACAUUAAUAUAAAGCUGUCUCACAGGACUUGUAAAGAAUUGAAAAAAUUACCAAAUACUAAUGAGUGUUCCAGUUCAGAGAAAAGAUGGAGCUAAGAGGGGAAAGGAAGAGAAACAAAAAAUCUUGCAAAGUCAAGCUUGCAGCUUUCCUGCAAGUCUACCUAUCAGCAGUGAGGAAAUAAGGGAGAAUUUGCCCAUUCUCGUGGAUAUCCACACAAAAAUCCUUUCAGGAUAGGUACCCCAAAUCUGACAUCAUACCUUCUUCGUGAGGUAUAGCAGAUCUGAUCAGUGUAUGUCAGCAAUGGAGACCGUGUCACCAGUAGUUCCUUGAAGCAGAUGUAUUCUCCACUUAAAAGUGAUGGUUCUGCUCAUAAGCAGUCAUUUUUCAUACAGUUUUGAACGUGAGUAGUAGGUAAACCAUGAUUAGUGGUUUCUCCUUCAGAGAACUUCCCCAAGCAGGACAGCUAUGAACAGAAUAACAGGUGUCGACAGAAGAACAGUGUGAGCAAUGAAACUUUGAAUGUUACACAAAGUGUCCUCUGACCAAGAGUAAGAAGAGGAAACACCACCUGUGCAAGUCAUUGCACAUCGACCAAACUGCAGCCCUCAUGGCUCACAGUU